AUGUCAAUGACCAACUUUUAUGACUAUGAAAAGGCUAGACCAUUGAACCAUGGAGAAGAGGACUUUGUGGUCUACAGAAGUGUCACUAAAAUUAGUAAUGUCCACGCCAAGUUUAUCCAGGACAAACUGGAUACUAUGGAGAAAGUGUUUUGCUUCGCUGUCAGUCAACACAAGAACAAACCUGCCCUUGGAACCAGAGUCAUCAUUUCUGAGGAAGAUGAAAUGCAACCUGAUGGAAAAAUCUUCAAAAAAACCAGAGCUGCAUGGCUCAUAUCUGCCAAUGGAUGCAUGAAGCAAAACAUGCCGAUUGUCACCCUCUAUGCUUCUCUUGGGGAUGAUGCACUCAUUCAUGAUUGUGAUGGGAGACCCACUCAAACCUUUAGAAAUGGAGUUAGAGUCCGUUCUUACCAGGAAGUGAUUCGACGCGGCAGUGAAGCGAGCAAAUCUGGAAAGUUCUCUGGCGUUUUGCACUCACCCAAACCCGGUGACACGGCGAUCAUUAUGUACACGAGCGGUUCAACUGGAGCGCCAAAGGGAGUCAUCAUGAGCCAUCAGAAUAUCGUCAACGCUAUGCUGAGUUACACUGAUGUCGGGCCUUUGUACAAAAACGACGUUUACAUGGCAUUCCUCCCGUUAGCUCACGUCCUAGAAUUUAUUUCAGAAAGUUUAUGGAUGUUGUUUAGAAUUCCAAUCGGAUAUUCGACUCCGCUGACAAUGACGGACGAGUCUAGUAAAAUUCAACGCGGCUGUCAAAGUGACGCAUCUGUUCCUCGACCCACGAUCAUCGCUUGCGUCCCGCUCGUUCUCGAUCGCAUCCAGAAGAAAAUCAAAGAGAAAAUCGAAGGUGAAAAAAGGCAAUCUUCAAUUUGGCCAUGGAGUACAAGAAUGAAUGGAUUGAUCACGGAUACGACACUCCCAUUCUUAAUUCGACCCUGUUCAAGCCGAUUCGAGCAUUCCUUAGAGGUCGCAUCAGGCUCGUCUUGUCCGGCGGAGCUCCUCUGGCACCCGAAGAGAAGGUUUAGUCCAAUAAGCAAGAGAGGAGCUUGCUUCAGUGGACACCUUCAUACGGUUUCGGCAUUGACGGUAAUGAGCAACUAGACGUUCCACCCAACGCUAGUAACCUCGAAUACGAGGUAGAACUCACGAGCUUUGCAGCAAAGAACAAAGGGACCUGGAGCAUGGACGCUGUCGAAAAGCUGGAACAAGCUUAACUCUGCAAAGAAGAAGGAACCAAUCAUGUCAAAGAACAGUACUCCGAGUUUGCCACUCUACUGGAGUUUGCAAAAAAUAAGUUUUGAUUUUCGCAACAAUUUUAUUUAAUUUUCUAGAAGUAAAACAUUCAUGGUUUUGAUAUGUGUGAUAAACUGUUAAAAUUAAAUAAAUUGUUUUCUACUGCCAAA